AUGCCGUGUGAUACCAAUAAUGACGCCUCUGACACCGUUGCCUCCGCACCAGCAUCAUUCAUGUACGAAGAAAUAACAUGUAAUGAGCUUCUACUGCUUCAUUCAUAUAAUUCACAAAUUAAAAAGUGGAUAAAAACUGACGCUCAUGAAAAUACUCAUGAAUUUUAUAUGGAACGGGAAGAUUCCGAUGAUGAUGAUGAUGAUGAAGAUGAUGAAGAUUAUGUAGAGGAUAAUCAAGUUGAUGAUGAAGAAAAGGUUGAUAAUGAAAAGAAUUUAUUCGAAAGAAGAAUGAUAUUUAAUUCUGUGAGGGGUAGAACUACAGAACUUGGAUAUUUGGAUCCGUGUGAUGAUUAUCACAUCAGAGAAUAUAAUGAUGAUUGGGGACGUGUGGAGGAAGUUGAGGAAAUUAAUAUUGGACUAUUUUAUAAUCACCUUUCGAAUGAAAAUUUUGUAGAGGAGAGGGAAAAGUUUACCUAUGAAUGGAAAGAUAACAUUCUCUGUUUUAGAAUAAUGCCAUAUGAUUUUGACUCUUUGGGAAAAUAUGACAUGAUGAAAGUUAUUGGUGAGAUUGAGAAUGAAAAUUAUGCGAAACAAUUUGUUGAGGAACAGAUUGAAUAUACGAAAUCACCAGAAACAAAGGUCAAUUAUAUGGAAUUUGUGAAUAAUCAUGCCAUUGUUUCAGUAUUUGAUUAUCUUGAUACAUGUUUCUUGUUGAAAACAUGCUCAAAAGUUUCUUCGGAAUGGCACAAAAUGUUGUUUUACAAUUCACAUAUUCAAAAUCAUAUUUUCAAAGGUAGAUUACUGGAUUUAUUCGAUGGACAAUUUGACCAUUUGAGUCGCUUGAAUGAGUUUUAUAAUUUGAAUUGGUUGGAAACUUAUCUGAUGAGUGGUGCGUUCGUUUUUGAAAUGUUUCAAGAGGGAUUGUUAGGUCAAUUGGAACACUUUGCUCAUUUAAAUGCAGUUGAAGUAGAGCAAUUCUUUUACAUUGUUCUCAAAUUAGAUCCUCUUCCUCAUCUGGUUGAUGAUUUGAAGGAUGAUCAUCCACUGAUUAAUAGAUUGAAACUCUUACCCCCAAAGAGAGUACUGUUCAGUGUUAAUACUCUACCAGAGGUAAAGAGAAUGGUAUUCAAAAGAGGAUUUUUAACACAUCUUUUGAGUGUGGAAGAUAAUUGUGAUCCUGAAGUAGUGAUGGAAAAAAUUCUUAUGGCCAAAUGUGUAAUUCCAAUUCAAGAUUGCGAAUUUUCAGUAGAUUUCAAGAAGGGAAUUUCUUUAUAUGACGAAUUUUUGAAAGAACUUUCUUCAAAAUUAUUAUCAUUUAGAAUACCAUCAAAAAAGACAGAUUCAGAAUUGGAUUGGGCUGCCAAUUGUCUCUGUGAAAUGAGAGAAAAGGCUAGCUAUUUCAUUCACAAUAUUAUUCCCGCCCAUCCAUUUACCAAGCUUUGUGUGGAUGAUGAUAUUCUCAUUGGACUCCAUCUACUCUUACUCGAUAACAUUUAUUCUAAAAUUGACUUUCUAACAAACAUUCCAAUCCUCAACUUUUUGGAAUUAUUGGAAAAUAGAAAGAGGAAUGAAUUGACCAAUAUCAAAUCCCUCCUUCCUGAAAAAUUCCAAUCCAACCUAUUUGAAAUGAUGUUACAAGAACCAUCACCAUAUCAAUUUACAUCUGAUUCUCUCACUCCAUUUAAUCAACCAUCAAAUUUAUUAGAAUUUUUAACAGAACAUGUUAUUGAACCGAGUGAAAUUUAUCAAGAAAAUAGAAAAUUCUCUGAAUGGAUUGAUAGGGAUAUUGAGGAAUAUUUGAAAUUCAUUAAAACAUUCCACACCAAGUCAAUUACACCACCUAAACAUGUUGACAUGUUAUUUCACUUUCACAUGUUACAUCCAAACAAUUACAUGCCAGAUUGUUUGAGAAUUGCAAGAUCAAUCAAGAAUCACAAAUUUAACUUUAUUAAAAAUUAA